UAUAGUGUUCUACGUAGUGCCUGAAAGAAAUUGAGAGAGUUAAGCUCUUAAGAGUGUCUUGAAUCCUAUCUAAUAAAUGAAAUUAAUUUUUUUCUUAACUUGAACUCCCUUCAAAGUCACCGUUGUGGUAAUGGGAAGGUCCGACCAGUAUUUUUAUCUUUCUCAAAGAACAGGCGUUUCAUUCUUUUCCUUGUCGAUUUGAGGGCCUAUCAGCGGAUUUUUUGUGGGACCGCUAGUGGCCAACAUGGCGAGGGAGAGAGGGGUGAUGGAGCUUUGGCGCUCUUGGUUAUGGCUGCUAGCGACGUUGCAGGCGAUAUCUGUUUAUGGAGCAGAGUUAUCAUCAGAGGCAUGCAGAGAACUGGGCUUUUCCAGUAACUUGCUAUGCAGUUCUUGUAACCUUCUUAGUCAGUUUGGCUUGAGUCAACUAGAUCCAUUCUGCAGAAAAUGCUGCCAAGAAGAAGUGCAAUCUGAAACUAGAAAGCUCUAUGCAGGAGCUAUUCUUGAAGUGUGUGGAUGAAAAUUAGGGAGGUUCCCUCAGGUUCAGGCUUUUGUCAGGAGUGACAAGCCUAAACUGUUCAGGGGACUGCAGAUCAAGUAUGUACGCGGUUCUGACCCUGUACUGAAGCUCUUGGAUGACAGUGGGAACAUUGCUGAAGAACUAAGCAUCCUCAAGUGGAAUACAGACAGUGUAGAAGAAUUCCUAAGUGAAAAACUAGAGCGUCUCUAAAUAUCUUGCUUCCCCCACCCCCGCCACAGUUUUUAUUUCUUGCAUCAUUUUUCAUCUUAAUAAUCUUCUCAGACAAAGUGUGAUAAACCCCGGAAAUCAUUCCAGCUUCUGCAUUAAUUUUAAAGCUAUCCCAUACUGUGUGGUACUCAACAUCUUUUAAUUAGAAGCAGAAGCUUCAAGCACAGCACAUUUGACAAAUUGGCAGGCUGAACAAAUGGCCUGUCCUGGUACAUUUCAGCUCAUCUUACUGGAUGGAGAUCAUUAAUGAAGUGCUUUGAGACAAAUGUAAUGCAAAUACUGAAAUUUGUUACAAUUGGGCCUUUUUUUUUCCAGGCAAGCCUAUUUGUCAGCUCCCAAUAAUUGAGAUGAUUACUAUGCUUUUUUUAUAUAUGCUGCCUUUGUACAGCAAUGGGAAGUUGGAACUAAAUAAGAUGUACUCUCCCUCCCACAGAGACGUCUGCUCGGAUCCACUGCAUUUUGUAUUUCCCAGCUGUUCUUUUUAUAGAAGCGUUAUUUACAAUAUUCGUAAUGAAUGCCUGCCUUCAGGAAAAAAUAAUUUGAAGACUUGUUCUGAUGGAGGAGCCCAUGAUCUGGAAUGACUGGAGAAUGAAUGCUAGGGAAGUGCACUUUAAUGAUGACUACAUAGAAAGCCUCAACCAAAGGCACGUGUAGGUCUGAUGUCCGGUGUGCUUUCGUUAAAUUUGUUUACUCUCAUUCAGCAGACUUGAGUUCAGUGGAGGUAAAAAUAUGGAGAUGGCAACAAACUACUUAACAAGAUGUGUAUCAAAUGUCUGUCAUCCAGUGAAUAAAAACCUGUUUUGCAAAGUA